AUGUCACCAACCAGCCAGGAGGAGAUAGAGGAUAUGAGAGAGAUUCCUUAUCAAAAUGCUGUUGGUAGCUUGAUGUAUGCAAAUACUGAGACUCGCCCCGACAUCACAUGCAGUGAACCGGCAAGCCAGUUUGCAAUCAAUCCUGGGAGGCAACACUGGAUUGCAGUCAAAAGAAUCUUAAGAUACCAGAAAUAUACAAGUUCAAUAAAGUUGGGAUUUACAAAAUCAGAAGAUUCAAGUUUAAAAGUUUUCUGUGAUGCCGAUUGGGGAUCAGAUGAGGAUGACCGUCGUUCCUAUACAGGAUACUUGUUCAUUUUGGCAGAUGCAGCCGUCAGCUGGGUGAGCAGAAAGCAACCCACUGUUGCCCUAUCCACCACUGAGGUUGAGUACAUGGCACUUACAGAAACUGCAAAAGAAGCUUAA